AUGUUCCUGAAACCUUUCAAGUUUGUCCUAGAUGCACAAGAAGAGAUUUCCCAUUCUCUUUUUGCAAUAAGCAUCACAGCAUGCAUCAGAACUCUGAUGGUGGAGAAUCUCUACGUCCCUGCAGUACUGGCGGUGGACACCUCCCACCUGCAGGAAGGGAGGUCUGUAAACUGGCAGGUGGGACCCUGCUACCAUGGAGGAAAGGGUUUUAUUCCAUCUUUGGUUAGGUCCAAGGUUGCUAAGGGGCUUGGUAAUACACCUGGCUUAAUAAUAGUGUAUUAA